GAAAUCACGCCCAAAAUGGUGCACCUGGAAAUGAUGACGUUGACGCCUAGCCCAACAGCAAUUCUCGAUUCGCUGUGCAAUAACUUUCUUCCUCUGAACGUCUCUGCGAUACUGUAUCUGAUGAACUACGAGCAAUACGGUCGCAGUACGGCUUCCGCUCAAUACUUCCUCCAGCUGGCAGGAUACCUGGGGAUACCGGUAAUAGCAUGGAAUGCCGACAAUUCAGGACUCGAACGUCGGGCCUCUCAAUCGACGCUUCAGCUCCAAUUAGCGCCUUCGAUCGAACAUCAGACUGCUGCCAUGUUGAGCAUCCUGGAAAGAUACAAAUGGCACCAGUUCUCGGUUGUGACAUCGCAAAUUGCCGGACACGAUGACUUCAUACAGGCAGUCAGGGAGAGAGUAUCCGUCAUGCAGGAUCGUUUCAAAUUCACCAUCCUGAACGCUAUCUUGGUAACCAGUCCAAAAGCCGAUUUAGUGGAAUUGGUUCAAUCGGAAUCCCGGGUGAUGCUCUUGUACAGCACUCGGGAGGAGGCGAGCGAGAUCCUCCUGGCCGCCAGAGAUCUACAGAUCACCGGCGAGAAUUACGUGUGGGUGGUGACGCAGAGCGUUAUCGAAAAUCUCCAGACGCCCUACCAGUUUCCAGUGGGAAUGCUUGGUGUCCACUUCGAUACAUCCUCUGGUUCCUUAGUAAAUGAAAUAACGACUGCAAUCAAGGUGUACGCUCACGGUGUCGAAGGAUACGUAAAUGAUCCGAACAACGAAGGCAAUAAUCUCAACACCCAGCUCAGUUGCGAAGGAGCAGGAGACUCGAGAUGGGCCACUGGAGAUAGAUUUUUCAAAUAUCUCCGAAAUGUCAGCGUGGAAGCCGACACGGGCCGCCCGCCCAUAGAAUUCACAGCUGACGGCGACCUGAGAGCCGCUGAGCUCAAAAUCAUGAAUCUCAGGCCAGGUGUCUCCAGGCAGUUAGUAUGGGAAGAGAUCGGAGUAUGGAAAUCAUGGCAGAAGGAGGGCCUGGACAUCAAAGACAUUGUUUGGCCCGGCAACUCGCAUACGCCUCCCCAAGGCGUUCCGGAGAAGUUCCACUUGAAGAUCACAUUUCUGGAGGAGCCUCCGUACAUCAACACGGCGCCCCCCGAUCCAGUUACUGGAAAAUGUCUUAUGGAUCGCGGAGUUCUCUGUAGAGUGGCACCGGAUCAUGAUAUGAAAGAGAUCGAUCGUGAAGCAGCACACCGCAACGGCUCCUUCUACCAAUGCUGCAGCGGUUUUUGCGUCGAUUUGCUAGAAAAAUUUUCCGAGGAACUCGGUUUUACAUAUGAACUUUCCCGAGUCGAGGACGGACGCUGGGGAACAAAUGAAAAUGGAAAAUGGAACGGUUUAAUAGCCGAGUUGGUCAAUAGGAAAACAGAUAUGGUGCUGACGUCUCUCAUAAUUAAUUCAGAACGAGAGGCUGUCGUCGACUUCAGCGUUCCCUUCAUGGAAACAGGAAUUGCUAUAGUGGUAGCCAAGAGGACUGGAAUUAUCUCUCCAACGGCCUUCCUGGAACCAUUUGACACCGCAUCUUGGAUGCUGGUGGGUGUGGUCGCUAUUCAGGCUGCAACAUUUAUAAUAUUUUUAUUCGAGUGGCUGAGUCCGAGCGGAUUCGAUAUGAAAUUGUCAGUGCAAACUAAUACCCCGAAUGCAGCUCACAGAUUUUCAUUAUUUCGCACCUACUGGCUUGUUUGGGCUGUUUUGUUUCAGGCCGCCGUGCACGUUGAUUCGCCCCGAGGUUUCACAUCGAGAUUCAUGACAAAUGUCUGGGCCAUGUUCGCCGUCGUCUUCCUCGCCAUCUACACUGCCAACCUCGCCGCUUUUAUGAUAACCAGAGAGGAGUACCACGAUUUCACCGGCCUGGACGAUCCUCGAUUAUCGAUGCCAUUUUCCCACAAACCAAUGUACAAGUUCGGAACGGUGCCUUGGAGCCACACCGACUCCACCCUGAGCAAAUAUUUCAAGCAAAUGCACGCCUACAUGCAAAAACAUAAUAAAAGCAGUGUGCAAGAAGGAAUUGAUGCGAUUCUAAGCAGUGAACUUGAUGCUUUUAUUUACGAUGGAACAGUUCUGGAUUAUUUAGUAGUACAGGAUGAAAAUUGUCGAUUACUGACUGUGGGUUCCUGGUACGCCAUGACGGGCUACGGUUUGGCUUUCAGUAGGAAUUCGAAAUACGUCCAAAUGUUUAACAAGAGAUUAUUGGAUUUUCGGGCAAACGGGGAUUUAGAAAGGCUGAGAAGGUAUUGGAUGACAGGAUCCUGCAAACCUGGCAAACAAGAACACAAAACCUCAGAUCCUUUGGCUCUGGAACAAUUCUUGUCAGCAUUUCUUUUAUUGAUGGCAGGAAUAUUACUGGCCGCCUUAUUACUUCUUCUCGAACAUUUAUAUUUCAAAUAUGUACGUAAACAUUUGGCAAAAACAGACCGAGGUGGCUGUUGUGCCCUGAUUUCUCUUUCCAUGGGAAAAUCCUUAACUUUCCGUGGUGCAGUUUACGAAGCUCAGGACAUAAUUAGGCAGCAUCGUUGUUGUGAUCCGAUUUGUGACACCCAUUUGUGGAAAGUGAAACACGAAUUAGACAUGUCCAGGUUACGAGUCAGACAACUUGAAAAGGCCAUGGAAGCACAUGGACUUAAACCACCACAAAGAAGAUUGGCAUCUGCAGCCGAAUUAUUACGAGUUCGACAUGAUAUGACAAAAGCUCAAAUACUUGGACUAUCAUCCAGUGCAAGAGAACUACACAGGCCUUGUUGUACAGAAAUAGCUGAGAUGGAGACUGUCCUGUGA